AUGUUGCAAGGGUUUCCAUCUGACCAGGCACUCUAUGAGAUUGCGCGCAGCAAGCGCUGCCGCUUGCUGAAUUGGGCACCCUACUUCGACCAGCAGGGCUUUUGGGAAUUCCGGCUGAGCGAUUUGCAGACGCUGCUGGACCAGAAUGUCAGUUUGGAGGCACCGCUGAGAAUGUUGAUCCUCAACUCCCCCCACAAUCCCACGGGUGCUGCGUUCGACCAAAGUCAGCUGGACGCAGUCUCCGAGUUGCUGAUGUAUGGUGAUAUGCUCGGUCCACAAGCGCCGAGCAUGGUGGGCAAGAGGCAUGUCCUUCUCAUGUCUUUGUUUGCGAUCUUUCUGUCUCCCGGUCUUCCUGCCGUCGUCUUCUCGUCAUGCCAUCAUGCUGGUUCCGACAAGAAACACUUUGACAGCAUCACCUCCUUGCGCGACUACACCACGCUGUGCCUACCUCCACACAGCGAGAUCCUCUCCAUAAUCGCACUGCGCAAUCCGGAUUCCUUCUUGUCGCGAAACCGCGACAUUGCGGCGAAGAACUACCCAGUCUUGCAGUCUGUACUGCAGUCUUUACCUCAGUGGUUCUAUCCUCUGAACCAACAUCGGCACAACGAUCGCCUCGCCAGCUGGCGUGCAACCGUGGUCUUCGCGCGGCUGAAGCUCCCGCUAGGUGGAGUCGCCGGCAACGCCUCACCCCAGCUGAAGUCGGCCGCCGCCCUCGCCGAGCAGGAGCACAGCAUCUGCAUGGUUGUCAGCGACUUCUUCGAAUUCGACA